AUGGACGACUGCAAGAGAUGGAAUAAAAACCGCCGCCUUGGUACAUGGCUGAUUCGACACAUGACUCCUGAGCAUCUCAAGAGUGGCGCCAUCUCCGCCGUUGUGUUUCUUCUGUCGUUGUCUAGACUCCGACGAGAACGUCCCGCUCCGGCCGCUGCCGUCAUCUGGUCGAGAAGCCUGUCCGGCUUAUUCUCCCGCCAGCUGGCAUUCCAAGGUUGGGCUGCGCAGAGACACACGCAGAAGACACCUCGGUCAUGCUGGGGCAAUACAAAGCGCGACGGAUUCCCGGCGAAAUUAUUCAAGGUCGACCUGAGGAGGUCGAUGGAUCCGGGGGCGGGGAUUGUUCGUGGAGGCGAGCCUGGCUCCAUCCACCACAGUUGCUGCGCUGAUAUGGGGGACUUUGCGGAGGAGUGGGCCCUGGGUGGAGAGCGCGUCUGA